AUGUAUGCAUUAUGCAGAUAAUAUAAUUUUAUGCCCCUCGAUUCGUUAAAAAGUUGGAAUGUAAAAAAUACCAAAGUGAACGCAUUUUGGAAAAGAUUGGCAUAACGUCUUUUAGAAUAUCUUUCUGUCAGCGUGCGGUUGUUACAUUGUGACCUUUACGCAUUGAUGAUGUUUUAUAAAAGCAUUUAAGCUCAAAGCUCGAGCAUCUUACCUAUUUGCGUGCUAUUUGCAGGGCAUGGUCUGUUUAGGAAGUGUCCCGUUUUUUAAGAGGUGGGGAGGCCGGGCUAUUCAAACCUGCAAUUCGUCGUAAACAUUGAUUCAUGUUUUUGACAUAAAUACACAUUUGUGUUAAGCGGCCUCCUUUUAGGAGAAAAUGAGAUGCUCCUAAUUUUGGGGUCUGCAGAAUAUGGCGUCCCGCCUUAUAAAAAUAAGUCAGGCUGCCAUUUUUGUUUCUCUUUUGUCUGAAAAUGUUUUAAUAAAUGUGUCUGAGAUUGUUUCUGUGUGGCAUCGUAUCGGAUUGUCGCAUCGCCAAAUGUGACAGAAUUUCAGAGCUGUCGAGGGGCACACGUGCUCUCAAAAGUCUAGACUACCAAGGGAAACAUGAAAUGCUGCCUAAAUGAAUUAUAACUGGAAGGGGACGUAACUAAUAUUUUACAGGAAAUAUAUUUUGUAAAGAAUAAAACGUUGACAUUGAGCCUAUUCUGAUUUCCGUAGACCAACAAUGUGUGCUAAACUGUCUAGGCAUAAAACCUCUGGCAUAAACCUUUGGGAAUGGGAUAAAGAAUAUUCAAGGAUGGCUGAGCCUCGGUUCAACAACCCCUACUUCUGGCCUCCGCCUCCCUCCAUGCCUGGCCAGCUGGAUAACCUGGUGCUCAUCAACAAGAUCAAGGAGCAGCUGAUGGCUGAGAAGAUCCGACCCCUGCACCUGCCACCCAACUCAGCCCCCUCCCAGCAAACCCUGCUGGUGGCUUCCUCCCCCUCAGACGGGGGGCAGCAGCAGCAUGGCAUGCCCAUGCCCAAGCACCAGCAGGGGCAGCACCACCCUCAGGGCUUGGUCCAGCAGCCCGACAUCGCCCUGCACGCCCGCCCAGCCUCCAGCUCUGUGCCAGUUAGAUCAGUUAACUUUAUUACCUUCAAUGUCGAUGAUGCAGACGUGAAUAUGGAUGACAAGUCAGCAGUGAAGGCCAAAGGACUGUGGGAUGAGUGGCACAUGCGACAGAUCGUAGAGCAGCCCUCUAGAGUCAACCAUCGGUCAGUCUUCAUGUGCCCAUACACAGGUCUGGCCCGGCCGGACGGCCACAGCACUUCCGAGGCCCUCACGCCCACCACACCCACCUCCAGCAGCCAGAACCGACUGGGAGGGGCCCCAUCGGUCAACAUCAUCUCCGGACUGGCCAGUGGGCCUGGCAUGGAGCAGAUGAAGAACGGGGGCCUGGCCGGACUCCUCGGCCCUCCACCCAAGACACCCCGCGGCAGGAAGAAGAUCAAAGCUGAGAGCGGAGGGCCUCUUCUGGUGGUGCCCUACCCCAUCAUGGCCUCUGGCGCAGACCAGGGCUGCAUCACCUUCCCUGCCAAAGAGGGCAAAACGUACAGAUGCAAAGUGUGUCCGCUUACCUUCUUGUCCAAGUCGGAGAUGCAGAUCCACUCCAAGUCCCACACGGAGGCCAAACCCCACAAGUGUCCCCACUGCUCCAAGUCCUUUGCCAACGCGUCCUACCUGGCCCAGCACCUCCGCAUUCACCUGGGCAUCAAGCCUUACCACUGCUCCUACUGCGAGAACUCCUUCCGUCAGCUCUCGCACCUGCAGCAGCACACCAGAAUCCACACUGGUGACAGACCCUAUAAAUGCGCGGCCCCUGGAUGUGAAAAGGCCUUUACCCAGCUCUCUAACCUACAGUCUCACCAGAGGCAGCACAACAAGGACAAGCCGUACAAAUGUCCCAACUGCUACCGUGCCUACUCAGAUUCAGCAUCGUUACAGAUCCACCUGUCGACGCACGCCAUCAAAAACGCUAAGGCCUACUGCUGCAGUAUGUGUGGCCGGGCAUACACCUCAGAAACCUACCUUAUGAAGCACAUGUCCAAACAUACAGUGGUUGAGCACCUAGUGAGCCACCAGUCCCCCCAGAGGACAGAGUCCCCCAGUAUCCCAAUACGCAUCUCCCUCAUCUGAGCUCUCCACCCACACAGCAGUACUGUAUGUUGUUGUAUUCAUUUUCUAUGUAAGGCUGUAGUUUAGGAACCCUGCAUAUAAGGUCAUCAACACAAGGCCUACAUACAGUGCCUUUGGAAAGUAUUCAGACCCCUUGACUUUUUCCACAUUUUGUUACGUUACAGCCUUAUUCUAAAAUGGAUUUUUAAUAGAAAUCCUCAGCAAUCUACACACAAUACCACAUAAUGACAAAUUUAAUACAGGUUUUUUGAAUUUGUAGCAAAUUUAAAUAAAAUAAAAAACAGAAAUAGCUUUUUUUUUUAAAUUUUUAUUUUACCUUUAUUUA